UUAAUAUACAUUCCAUACUUUAUUGAAUUCAUCUCAUCCAAUGGGUUAAGUUUUAUUGAAAAAUUGGUUACUUGGCUUCAUUUUACGCAUUGAAUUUGUAUGUAUUUUAAUGUUUCUGUGAUUCGCUUCAUGACAAUAAUCGUAACAUACCAUUGGUACGAUAAAACAUGAUGUCCGAUAGGAAAGCAGAACUAGAGAGAAAAAAAGCUAAGCUCCAAGCUAUCAGAGAAGAAAAAGAAAGGAGGAGAAGAGAAAAGGAGCAAAAAGAUGUCGAGGAGGCCAGAAUUCGUGCUUCAAGCACGAAUAAGGACCAACAAAAAGAAGUUGAUGCACUGUUGUCGUCAUUUGGUGUUGCUCCAGUCUCAGAGGUACUAUCGAGUUUAUCCAGUAUAAACUCCAUAGCUACUCCGGAACAUAGUGUUACUGCUACUCCAGAUACUAGUUUACAACCAAGUAGUAUUAGUUCUGCCCACAGCGUACCAAAAAAAAGGAAUCGUGAUCUUAUCGUAGUAUCAGUAGCCCAUACGGAUAUUCCACCCAAAGAACAAGUUGUGUAUGCCAAGCAAACCCAAACGGCACAUGCUGUUAACGCGAGUAAUGACGGCUACUUUGAGACCGACUGGUGGCGUCCCAGGAAAGGUGGGUCUACACCUAACUACCUAUCUCAUGCAUUUGACUAUUACGACGAAUACAAUCUAAACCCUGGUUUAGAAUGGGAGGACGAGUUUACAGUUUUGACAUUUGACGAUGACCAAGUCGAGGAUGAAGACAGUAGUCUCACACACCUAGACGGUUUCCAAAGCAAACUGCCUCCUGGUAUACUGCCUCAAGGAUUGCCCCAGGUCAAGGAAGUGCAGCCUGCCAUAACUCAAGUAGAAAAAGAAAAGGAAAAGGAAAAACCAAAGGAAGUAGUUCGUGAACUCAGCGAAGAAGAAAAGCAGAUGAUCAUUCUAUCGGAAGAUUUCAAGCGUUUUGUUGAUAGAUCCAGCAGAAUUGUCGAACGGGCGCUCGGUGAAGCUGUUGAUAUUUAUACAGAUUAUACAGGAACAAUGGAUGGCGAUGAUGGAAUGGACGACAAAAGCCAUCAGUGUAUUUGGUUGAAUCGUGUGUUUUACAAUGAGCGUUGGUCACGUAACCGAUGCGUAACGUCGAUGGAUUGGUCGCCGCAGUUUCCGGAGCUCCUUGCCGCGGCGUACAACAGCAACGACGACACGCCCAAUGAUCCGGAUGGCAUCUGCCUCGUCUGGAACAUCAAGUUCAAAAAAUCGACACCGGAGUUCAUCUUCCAUUCCCAGUCAUCCGUUACAUCCACGACCUUUGCCAGGUUUCAUCCAAACUUGAUACUCGGCGGUACUUACUCGGGCCAGGUUGUGCUUUGGGACAAUAGGGUGCAGAAGAGGAUGCCUAUUCAACGUACGCCUCUUUCUGCUGCUGCCCACACUCAUCCAGUUUACUGCUUAAAAGUAGUUGGAACCCAAAAUGCACAUAACUUAAUCAGCAUAUCAACGGACGGGAAACUAUGUUCCUGGAGUUUGGACAUGUUAUCUCAACCUCAAGAAAUAUUAGAUUUACUAACCAAACAAUCAAAACAGAUAACAGUCACGCAGCUUGCUUUCCCUAGUGGAGAUGUAAAUAAUUUUGUAAUUGGUAGCGAGGAUAGCACAAUAUAUUCCGCUUGCCGUCAUGGCACAAGAGCAGGCGUCGCUGAAACUUACGAAGGGCAUCAAGGCCCGAUUACAGGGGUUGACACUCACGCCGUCCCUGGAGGCAUUGAUUUCUCGCAUUUAUUCCUCAGCUCGUCCCUCGAUUGGACUAUCAAGUUGUGGAGCCUCAAAGAAAGUAAGCCAUUAUACUCGUUUGAACAUAACAGCGACUGCGUUUACGACGUAGCCUGGUCACCGAGUCACCCCGCGGUCUUCGCGGCUGUAGACGAUUCCGGAAGGCUGGAUCUCUGGAAUCUUAAUCAGGAUACCGAAGUUCCUGCAGCUAGCGUCAUCGUUAAUGGUUAUCCAGCAUUGAACAGAGUCUCUUGGACCCCGAGUGGACUACACGUGACGGUGGGCGACGACAGUGGCAAAAUAUGGGUUUACGAUGUAGCCGAGAAUUUAGCACAUCCAAGGAUAGACGAAUGGAACAAAUUUCUGUAUUGUCAACAAGAUUUUAAGAAUAACAAAGCAGAUGAAGAACUAGAUAAGCUCAAUCUUAGCUCUGGACCAUCAUCGUUGUCAUCAAUGGCCUCAAUGCCUUCAGUUCAAAUUAGAUAAAUAAAGAUCUUUGAUAGAUGAAUAACUUAGAUCUCUAUUUAUCUUGUCAUUCAUUCUUUUUCUUUAAUUCAAUUUUCUUUGAAUAAAAUUAUGUCUAAAAUUUAAU